AUGGAGAAAUCUCUGGUGCUGGGAAAGACACGGGACUACUCGGGAAGCACCAUCGAACUCUCCACCUUCACUGAGCAGGAGCAGGAGCAGAUGCAGGAAAUGAAAAAACUAGAGAAACUCACCAUUCGUCUACAUGAUAUGGAAUGUGAGAGAAAUGAGCUACGUGGAAUCCUGGCCAAUUACACAAACAAGGAUUUGAACAACAGGCUAAAUUUUGAACUCGAGAUGCUUGAAAUGGAACACAAGCAGGUGAUGUCAGCUCUCCAGAAAUUGCCCAUGGAGAUUAGUGAUGCCUUGCACAAGUGCAAGGGGCUGAUUGAGGAGACUGAAUACUUUAGUUACCUCCAUGGCCGGUUCCUACGAGAGUGCAAUCCCCUAAAGAAGAGUGUACGUGUGUUGAGGAUCCAGAACACACAGCUGGGGAAAGAGCAGAUUGAACUGCAAAAGACCUGUGAGGAGGUGAAGAAGCUCUUGAAGGAGGCCCAUGAAAAGAUCUGUGACCCCUGUGCUGAGCAGCAGCAGGAGCAGGAAAACCUGGAGGAAAGACUGAAGGACCUGCUGAAGCAGAAGGAGCUGGUCACCCAGCAAAGGGACUUGGCAGAAAAGCUGCAACAUCACUUCAGUGUCUCUGAGAUGAGGUCAGAAAAUCUGCACCACAAGCUGGAACAUGUCACAGCCCAGGAUGAGAGCCUCCUGCAGACAGAGCUGCUGCAGCAGGAGCAGGAAGUAUCACAGGCAAGUGAGCCACCACUGCAUUCCAACCCCUGCAACCAUGGCAUUCAUGGGAACUGGGGGCUCUUGACAUUGGCUUCCGAUGUGAAUAGCUGGGGCGGAGUUGGAGAGCUUGCUCAGGUGGUGAAGAUGAGGGAAAGUGGUGGGCUCACUAACCCAGCUACCACCCAGGUUCAGAACAACGGCUACAAGUCAUCCCACCCUAACACCCUCUUCAUCUAUGAACUGCAGGAGCAUGUGAAAGGGACUUCUCGGGAAGCACCAUCCCAACUCUCCACCUUCACUGAGCAGGAGCAGGAGCAGGUGCAAGAAAUGAAAAAACUAGAGAAACUCACCAUUCGUCUACAUGAUAUGGAAUGUGAGAGAAAUGAGCUACGUGGAAUCCUGGCCAAUUACACAAACAAGGAUUUGAACAACAGGCUAAAUUUUGAACUCGAGAUGCUUGAAAUGGAACACAAGCAGGUGAUGUCAGCUCUCCAGAAAUUGCCCAUGGAGAUUAGUGAUGCCUUGGACAAGUGCAAGGGGCUGAUUGAGGAGACUGAAUACUUUAGUUACCUCCAUGGCCGGUUCCUACGAGAGUGCAAUCACCUAAAGAAGAGUGUACGUGUUUUGAGGAUCCAGAACACACAGCUGUGGAAAGAGCAGAUUGAACUGCAAAAGACUUGUGAGGAGGUGAAGAAGCUCUUGAAGGAGGCCCAUGAGAAGAUCUGUGACCCCUGUGCUGAGCAGCAGCAGGAAUUUUUAGUUCCCAAGUGA